AUGUUUUCAAAUCAUGUUAAGGUUUACAAGUCUCUUUCAAUGCCUUUUGCACAAAAAAUUUGCUCUAAAAAAAUUUUAAACAGGAGUUUAUUUAUAAAAUCAGGUGUUAGGUAUACAAGUUCAGACAAAAACGAUUCAUAUGUUGAAGAAAAGAGAUUUGGCGAUGUAGAACAAUUGUGUUCAUCGCUAGACAACGGUAAUCAAAGUUGGUGGUCUCUUUAUGUAAGAGGUGAAGUCCCAGACUAUCCCCCUCGUAAAAAAAUGUUCGAGAAAUUAACCUCGGAAGGAAUUGAUGUUGAAUCUAUGGAAACCUUUGAAGUGGAAGAUUUUACUCGCUGGUUAUUAAUGAGAGAAAUACAUGGAAAAAAGUAUCCAAAGUUCCCCUAUGAUAUUAGACUAGAGGAUAAAAUAGAGGAUUUGAAAAAUCGCAUACCUUUGAAGCACGAUGAUUAG